AUACGCGUCGCUCUCAUCUUCGCGGAAGCGUUCUCACUUCCGCAAAGAUCCUAUUUCGUUAUUGAUAAUUCAUGUACCUGGUGUGUACGCUACCUUAUCAGGUAACAACUGCCCUUUAGCACACUUCCAUCCGUCUACGUGAACGCGUUUGGGUGAACUAGAAAUGUUUAGUAGUGCGCCGGGUUCCUAAAGAUUUAGAUCUGCGCGCCCCUCCGUCGGCUGCAGGACAGGCUAGCUGCGAGGUAACGAGGCUAGCACCACAUCAAAUAACACGGACAACACAUUCACCGACGGAAGUCGUCCAGGACCGCCCGGCGGAAUACAGGCUCUGAAUAAGUCAUCAGGCAGCCUUCCUAUGUCAGGCCGAAACGGAUCUGCCAGCGAUGCAGACUGCCGGAUCUCAGAGGACUCCCAGGUCCCCGACGUGGCUCUGAUGGAGCUGGGACCGCUGCUCGAGGAAGGGGGAAGACCCACGGGUUCUAAAGGCCUGCACACCGAGGGGGCGGCGAUGCUGGGCGAGGAUGACGAGGACGACGACGAGGUGGGAGAGGUGCUCACCUUGCCACUCCAGGCGCAUCACGCCAUGGAGAAGAUGGAGGAGUUCGUUCACAAAGUGUGGGAAGGCCGCUGGAGGGUCAUCCCCUUCCACGUGCUCCCGGAGUGGCUGAAGGACAACGACUACCUCUUACACGGACACAGACCGCCCAUGCCCUCGUUCCGCGCCUGCUUCGGCAGCAUCUUCAGAAUUCACACAGAGACGGGCAACAUCUGGACCCACUUAGUGGGGCUGAUCAUGUUCAUCUGCCUGGGGACGCUGACCCUGCUGAGACCCAACGUGUACUUCAUGGCCCCGCUGCAAGAGAAGGUGGUGUUCGGGAUGUUCUUCCUGGGCGCCGUCCUGUGUCUCAGCUUCUCCUGGCUCUUCCACACCGUGUACUGCCACUCCGAGAAAGUGUCUCGCACCUUCUCCAAACUGGACUACUCGGGCAUCGCCCUGCUCAUCAUGGGCUCCUUCGUGCCGUGGCUCUACUACUCCUUCUACUGCUCCCCCCAGCCCCGCCUCAUCUACCUCACCAUCGUGUGCGUCCUGGGCAUCGCCGCCAUCAUCGUGGCCCAGUGGGACCGCUUCUCCACACCUCGUCACAGGCCCACCAGAGCAGGCGUGUUCAUGGGCUUGGGGCUCAGCGGCAUCGUGCCAACCAUGCACUUUACCAUCGAGGAGGGCUUCGUGAAGGCCACCACGGUGGGCCAGAUGGGCUGGUUCUACCUGAUGGGAGCCAUGUACAUAACUGGGGCAGGGCUGUACGCGGCCAGGAUCCCGGAGCGCUACUUCCCCGGGAAGUGUGACAUCUGGUUUCACUCCCAUCAGAUAUUCCACGUUCUGGUGGUGGCGGCCGCCUGCGUCCACUUCUACGGGGUCUCCAACCUCCAAGAGUUCCGCUAUGGCCUGGAGGGGGGAUGCACAGAUGACACCCUACUGUAGAGCGCCGUCUUGGUUUGUCUCGAUGCUCGAAACACGCCCGGAUGUUUAAAAAAUACAUGCUGCUGGAUUUGAAAAUGUUCACCUUGCACCAUUCUGUACACAUGAUUUGCUCCCAUCCUGUGUGGGUUUUCUGGUCGUUUGUCCUGUUCUGUUUCGACACCUUUCUUUGCCCCCUUUGAGUAAAUGGACACGACCUAAAGAGGGUAACCCCAACCAGAUGUUUUAAUUAUUACGGAGCUUUAAGCUCUAUAAGUUUAGACCCACCAAAUGGGUUGACCCCAUCAUGAUAUUCUCCUCGUUGGUGGACACUUGUGUACUCUACUUAUGUACUGGAUUUAAGUUCUCCUUUUCAAUCCUACAAUGUAGACUGUGGUAAAUGCACACGGAUGCAACAUGAGUUGUUGAACAGUGAAUAUGCAAACCGCAUAAUCAUGCUCACACUGUAAACCAUUCCUGUUCUUUUGUUUGUGUCAGUGUCCAACCCUGCUGGGCUCCUCUGCACACACCAAGUCCUUUCUAUUUGGGGCCUAUAUAAUUGUCUGGGAGUGUCUUGGUAGGGUGCAACGCUUUUGUUAUUUGACUUAAGAUGUGUAGCUCUCCACUAAACCCCCCCACCUGGCCCGUCCAUCUCCCGAGGGGAACUGAACCGAAUGCAAUCAGCUUAAAGUGCUCAUCAGACAGAUUGAAUUAAAUGUAUUCAGAAAAUGUUUUUCAAAACCCUCUCCGAUACAAUCUCCGACAUAUAUACAUGGGAUACUUUACGAUGUGGAUUUCCUUCAUCGCUCGACUUUUAUACUGACAUUUUUAGAAUUUCCUUUACAUGUUGCUGGGCUAGAGACAUUUUUUAGGUAAUUCACAUUACGAUCAUAAUUGUUUAUUGUUUUGCAACUACAUGCAAAAUGUUUAAAGCUUCCAAGCAAAUACGAUAUAGAACUCAAUGGGAAAAAUGACUAUGAUUAUCAGGAAUAUAGGCUACGCACAAAGGAAACCACUGAAUAGGUCAACUUAAAUCUUCAGCGUGAUCCAUUCAGAUUCUAUUACUCAAAUGCAAUUUUAGGUGUUCAUAUUUACUGCACCUUUUAUAAAUUAUUCAAGCAUUAAAUUCACUGUAUGGGAUUAUCCAUGUGGUAUGUAUAAUAUAAUCUUAUAGUAUUCCUUUGCCUUAGUCCAAUGGUAAUGUUUUGAAAUAAAAUGGCCUAUCUCACAUUAAAGGAGCUUCUAGGAUUUUGAUUUUAUUUCCUUUUCUUUUCCAUAUAUCCAGUAAAAUGAUAAUCAAACUUAGAACUCCAUUGAUAGGUUGUAUCAACUGCUGUUUGCUAAGACUCCUUUUUUAGGUCAAUCUUGAGCUUUAUUACAAUGACUAAAAUGUGUGUUCGUGACUUUGUGUAAUGUUCUGUGUAGAAAGUUGGAUGAUUAUCAUGCAUUUCACUGAAAUGUAAACAUAAUAAAUAUUUAUUGAUGGGAAAACCUGUCAAUUCUUUAA